GACGGAAGAGGUGCCUGCAGCUCAGCAACCUGCAAAGCCACAGACACAAGCCAACGGAGCAGAUAAGCGUAGCCACACAGUCUGUUCAAGACUCCAGAAGUGGUUUUGUGACAAAUUUGGGGAGUAUGUUGAGGACUUCAGAUUUCAGCCGGAAGAGAAUACAGUGGAAACAGAAGAGCCACUUAGUGCUAGAAGGUUGACUGAAAAUAUGAGAAGAUUAAAGAGAGGUGCCAAACCUGUUACUAAUUUUGUGAAGAAUCUUUCUGCCUUAUCAGACUGGUAUUCUAUCUACACUUCUGCUAUUGCCUUUAUUAUUUACAUGAAUGCUGUGUGGCAUGGCUGGGCCAUUCCUAUGUUCUUAUUUUUAGCCAUUUUGAGGUUGUCCCUAAAUUACCUCAUAGCCAGGGGUUGGAGAAUACAGUGGAGCAUUGUGCCUGAAGUUUCUGAACCCAUGGAACCCCCCAAAGAGGACCUGACCGUGUCUGAAAAGUUUCAGCUUGUUCUAGACGUGGCUCAGAAGGCGCAGAACCUUUUUGGCAAGAUGGCAGACAUACUGGAAAAAAUUAAGAACUUGUUCAUGUGGGUCCAGCCAGAAAUAACACAGAAGCUCUACAUUACUCUAUGGGCAGCUUUUAUUGCAUCCUGCUUUUUGCCCUACAGGAUUAUUGGGCUUGCAAUGGGACUUUAUGCUGGAAUCAAGUUUUUCCUUAUUGAUUUUAUCUUCAAACGAUGCCCCAGACUAAGAGCUAAGUAUGAUACUCCUUAUAUCAUCUGGACAAGUCUCCCGACAGAUCCUCAGCUGAAAGAAAGGUCUAAUGCUACAGUAUCAAGGCGGCUUCAAACAGCAGCAUCCAGAAGUUACGUGGGCUCAAGUGCCCCAACCGGAAUAAGCAAAGAUGAAGACACAAGUCGUUUUCAUACCACCAAGAGGGGGAAUUUCCAUGAAGUUUUUAACCUGUCAGAAAAUGAGCGUCCUUUGGCAGUGUGUGAAAAUGGCUGGCGCUGUUGCUUGAUUAACAGAGAUAGGAAGAUGCCUACAGACUACAUCAGGAAUGGAGUUCUUUAUGUCACAGAAAAUUACUUGUGCUUCGAAAGCUCCAAAUCCGGCUCAUCUAAAAGAAAUAAAGUUAUAAAGCUAACGGAUAUAACAGAUAUUCAGAAGUAUAAAGUGCUCUCUGUUCUCCCGGGAUCAGGGAUGGGUAUUGCUGUAUCAACGCCGUCUACACAAAAACCUUUGGUGUUUGGUGCCAUGGUACACAGAGAUGAAGCUUUUGAGACAAUUUUCAACCAAUAUGUGAAAAUAACCUCUGCAUCAUCAAGCAGUGAGAGCUAGUAUCUUAUCUUAGAAGAUCUAAAGUAAAGGAAACUUUCUUAUUUUACAACUUGGUAGUGAAAAAAAUGAACAUCCUCAUCUAUUUUGCAAUAAUUUUUCUUGUCUGGUGGUUUAUAUUCUAUCUGUUACAUAAAUCAAGUGUAUUUUAUAUAUGCCUUCAUGUUUGUUUUUACGGUUUUUGUAAAAAAAAAGCAAAAAACAAAAAACA